AAGCACAAAGACUCUCUUUACCUGUUCAAUAUCAAGUCAAAAGCAGAAUAAGAGGCGCCAACGUUCAAAAAGCACAAACAAAAAGCCCCAAACUUUCAUUUCGCACUGCCACAACCAAAUGGAUCCACCGCCACUACCGCCUCUUCCCACCACAGUCACCACCACCGCAACUACGGCAGCCACUAGCAUGCAACUCAAUUACCCCGACUCCGUGGACUCCUCCCCUCGCUCCCGCAAUGCCGACACCUGGGACGACCCUCUCCCUCAAGUCCCCGGCGCCAAGCUCCGCCUCAUGUGCAGCUACGGCGGCCACAUCAUCCCCCGCCCCCAUGACAAGACCCUCUGCUACGUCGGUGGCGAAACCCGCAUUAUUGUCGCCGAGCGCCACUCCACUCUCUCCGACCUCUGCUCCCGCCUCUCCCGAACGCUCCUCAACGGCCGCCCCUUCUCCCUCAAGUACCAGCUCCCUAACGAAGACCUCGACUCCCUCAUCUCCGUCACCACCGAUGAAGAUCUCGACAACAUGGUCGAAGAAUACGACCGCACCCCCUCCGCCUCCCCCUACAAACCCUCCCGCCUCCGACUGUUCCUCUUCUUCGUGAAACCCGAAACCGCCGCGUCGAUGGGUGUUCUGCUCGACGACGCAAAGUCCGAGUCUUGGUUCGUCGACGCGCUGAACGGGUCGGGUCCUCCGAGGAACCUGUCGGAUUCUGCCACCAUGGAUUGCUUACUGACGAGGAGUGAGAAUUCUUGCAAUGAUUUGGAGGCGCAAGGCGACUUGUUCGGAGACAACAACAAACAGGGCAACCGCGUCGUGAUGAAAAAUGUUGACAAUGUGGUUGUCCAUGAUGUUCAUUCGAUCAAUCAAGAGUCCCCAUUUGUCGAGAACAGUACUUCGUCAUGCGGAUCGUCUACUUCGUCGCCUUGCUUGUCGAAUUUACCUCCGAUUCGGGUUCGAAUGGACGAAAAUGGGGCAAGAUUGAUGCAGGGUGGUAACAGGGGUGUUGGGAUUGAGGAGCAGUUUGCUCAGAUAAGUACUAGUUAUGCUGCUGUUGUUGCUGCUCCGCCGCCAAUGGUGGCGAUUUCGGGUGCUUUGCCGCCAUCUGGGGGUCAUACGAUGAAUGCUUCUGGUGUUUCUGGAGAAAAUGUGAACAGGGUAGAUGAUGAAAGAUCAUCGGAUCAGAGUAUGCCGGUCGGAUUUCGUAAGCCUCCCCUGCCAUUGCCAUUGCAGCCCUUGCAAGUUAAUAAGGCUGGUAGUGGCGGGGGCGGAGGUUAUAGUUUGCCUUCACCGGACUCAGUUACAAGUGAUAGUAGCAUUACAUCUGCCAACUCUCUCUCCAAACCAAUGUACUACCAAGAGCAGAUUCAAGCUGCAAACAGGGACAACAUCAGUGGUCCUGCUAGCCCUAAUACACCCGGCGAUGCGUCCGAUCCGGGAUCUCAAAAUCAAGUUCAGCAAGUUCAGGAUUCCGGGUACGCUAUCCCUCCACAAUCAGAUCAACAGCAGCAGCAGCAACAACAACAAUUUGUCCAUGCCAGCACACAUUACAUGCACCAUCCCGCUGCAGGCCAAGUGCCAAUGCAAUCUUACUAUACAAUGUAUGCGCCGCCAUCACAGCAACAGCCUCACCACCAAAUGGAUCACCAGCAGUACCCAGUCUAUUUGAUGCCUGUUGCGCAGUCACAACAAUCCUACAAUAUCCCUAUGCAACCUAACAUGGUUGACACGAGCGUGGUUGCCUCAAGCCACUUAACAUCCCCAAAUUUUGGUUCUGCCGUCUACAAGGACAGUAAUAUCCCACCCGUUUAUCCCACAAUGACGGCUUCGCCUGAAGUGUCUGCAAGGGUUUACAAAACGGCUAGGCCACAAACUCCAACAUUAGUCCAAGUUCCUUCUAACCAAUACCAGCUGCAAUACGCGGGGUUCUCUCAAAUGCAUCACCAUCCUUCUCAGUCCAUUGCCAUGCCUCCGUCUGCAACUGCUAAUUACGCUUACGAAUACGCCAAUCCUCAACAUGAACAAGUGUUCUACACACAGCAUCAGGCCGCCCCAUUGCCUCCUCAAUACCAAUCUAUGACUCCUGCAGCAGCGGCCGCAGCAGUGGCACUGUCAGAAGAAUCGAAACAGCAGCUACCGGCAUAUUCAGCAGAUCAAAACCACACAAUCAUAAUUCAUUAGGCUAGAAUUACCUUAAUUUCAUAUUGAUUUGCUCUUCUUUCUUUAAUUGAUGGUUAUAUUAUUAUAGACGUUGCUCCUAUGCAUAGAAUUUGAUCUAAUAAAGGGAAUAGAUUUUCUUGUUC